GUUCAAAUGAAAAUGGCGACCUCCGUUUGACAUCUGUCAACCACAAAUCUUUGCUGGUUUUUCAGCGAAACGUUGACAACAUGAUCGAUUUGUGACAAAUCAUGUUACCUGAGUUUUAACUUUCAAUGCAAGCAUACACAUGUAAAUACCUCAUUGACCUAACAUGAACAAUCAGAGUAGCAAUGCUGGUCUGCCUCCUGAAAUGCCAACUGUGAAAAGCAAUGCUGCGGAGGAAGCUUAUGUUGCCGAGUUACUCAGACACUGGCAAAAGCCGGAGUAUGUUUGUGGUUGGGGGGCAGCAUUUGUGAACAUAAGUCUGACCUUCCCAAUCAACAAAAUAAUGUUUCGUCAGCAGCUUCAUGGUGUAAAGACAUUAAAAGCCAUUCAACAGCUACGGAAAGAGGGGUUGACUCAUAUAUACAGAGGCUUGCUUCCACCUUUGUUGCAGAAAACGACAUCAAUGUCACUCAUGUUUGGGUUGUAUUAUGAUUUCCAACGCCAGAUUUAUCACAAUAGUCCAUCCACUCCAGCGUUUGUUGUGAAACCUUCUGCGGCUAUGUUAGCUGGCACAGUGGAAGCACUGCUGUCUCCCUUUGAACGCGUGCAAGUGCUAAUGCAAGACAGAUCCUACCAUGCUCAAUACAACAAUACUGUCCAUGCUUUUAAGGAUAUUUACCUCACGUAUGGAGUGAAAGAGUUCUACAGAGGGCUUUCACCUAUUUUAUUAAGAAAUGGUCCAAGCAAUGUGUUAUUCUUCCUAGGAAGAGAUUAUUUGUUAGAAACCUAUGCAGGAAUAGAGUCCACUGGUGAACGAGUUGUUCUUGACUUUGUGAGCGGAGCUUUUCUCGGGGCAUUUAUAAGCACUGUAUUCUACCCGGUCAAUGUUGUUAAAGUUCACAUGCAAAGUCAAGUGGGUGGAGAAUUCAAGCACAUGCUGCCGACAUUUUACACAAUAUUGAAGGAGAGAAAUUACAGCUUAAAAAAGUUGUUUAGAGGCGUACACAUAAAUUACACAAGGGCUGUAUUGUCUUGGGGAAUCGCUAAUGCUACCUAUGAGUUAUUAAAGAAAAAUGUGUUCCUUAGCGUUAGUGCUGAUGAUUACUAGUUUGUGAUAUUAUUUAGAUAUAUGGCAGACCAUUUGGGUCAAAAGUCACUUAAAGCUGACAGUAGCACCGAAUUAGAGGCACAUUUAAAAUCGUUACUUUCUAUUUUAAUAUAGGAGAAAAAAAGUAAUCAAAUAUGCCAAUAAUUCACAAUUUCGGAUUAAAAAUUGUUUUAAUUUUUCUGGGGGGAGUAACAGGAAACCUCACUACAAAUACCUUAAUUUUGGUUCUGGGGGAGGGGCGCAAGUCAAAAGUUUAUGCCCCUAAGUUAAGCCCCCUCUUAUGUCAAAUCAUGGAUUAGCUUCUGGAGGUGCACCUCUAUUUCAUAAAUAGAGAUGAACUUCUAUAUUUACACCUAUACAUGUAUCUCUUAAUAAAGAGGUGCAUCUGUAAAUGAGAUAGACUCUAGCGGGAAGCCCUCAAUAUAGAGGUUUUUCUCUAAAGAUAGAGUUGCACAUCUAUUUUAUACAAGGUGACCCUGACCCAAAUGGUACAUAAUAUAGAUAAAAGUACAUACAUAUAAGGUCUUGGUAAUACAUGUAUAUACCGAAUACUCAGGUUUCCCAUUAGUCGCUUUUUAACUCAAGUUAUUUAUUUUUCUGUUAACAUUUGUAAUUUGACGGGUUUUAAUCAGAAUUUUUUAGAGUCCUGAUUAUUCAUGUAUUCUUAUACCAACUCAUUGAGCUGUUGAUAAGUUGGGGUUCGAAAAAGAGUCUUUUUCAUUUUCUAUUACAGGAUAAUUAUGAAUGCUUACCAUGUUAUCAUCAACAAAUAGAUUUUACAUUGAGUUCAGAUAUUUUCUUCUAACAUGACAUUAGUGAUUAGGUUGUCUGUCAGUUAAUUAAUUUCACUGUUGUGACUAUUUGCAAAUACCAAGGUUUAAACUUUGAUAUUUGAUACUUUGAUUUGAUACAUUUCUAGCCAAUGAAAUAGCCUAAAAAUGUGCCAAGUUUAACUACUUGCAUACAUGAUGAUAUAAAGGCCUAUUGGUUCCCCUGGUGACCUGCUGAAAACUGGUUAUAAUAAUUUAAGACAGACGACUCAUUUUAGUUAUACCUUUUUUUCUGAAAAAAAACAACAACAAACUAACAAACUUUUAACAAUGCUACAUGGGCUGAAUUAAAUGCAUCUAUUUCAAAAUAUUUAAUGUAACCAGUUUGUUUUUAGAUAUUUUUUUCUUGUACAUUUCUUUUUGAAAUUUCUAAGUGUCUAUUUGUUAUUGUUGAAUAUUAAUUAUUCUAAGCAAUUUUAGUUAAUCCAUCCAUUACUACUAAUAAAAAGUGCUAAUGUUAAAAGUUUUAUUUUAAAGUUAUAAAAUGUUAAGUUUGAAUAUAUUAUAAGUUUUCAUUCAGACCUUUGUUUUAUAGACAUUAUGAUAUUUAAGAAACAAAUUAAAAUAAAAUUGCUGUAUAAUCAUAGUUAAAUGUUGUUUUAUGCACCAGUCAAUUGUAACCACGGCCCCGCCAGGUUCGGGGGUAAACCGGGGAUAGCCGAGGAAAUGGGCCGUGUUUUAACCUUCCAGGUGGCCUCGCAGUGCCGGGUGAAUGCGGUGGUUUUGUCUUCACACCAAAUAUAGCGGGAAAUUGGUCUUAUCUAGGGUCUCUGGGGUGCGGGUGCAUUUGGCGGGGUUUUAACAAGCUGUUCGCCUUGCAGGGCGGAGAUUUUGCCCUGGCUUGGCUGGACUGAAAGUCAAAGUCCCCGCUAUUCCGCGGACCUGGGGGACUGUGGUUACAAUUGAUUGGUGCAUUAUUACCUCCUUUUUACAUUCAUCUUAUCAUAAUAGUAUCGUCAUUUUGUUGCUAUUCAAAAAUGUUAUGCAUGUAAAAUCAUCAAAGAAUUCAUCAAUAUUAAACAAAUAUAUAUAUAAUCUUGAUAUUAAUAUGUAAAAUGCAAUAACACAUCUUUGCAGGCUGGUUAACCGUAAUAAAACCAGUGUUAUUUGUCGUGAUAAAUCUGCUGUGUUUUCUAUCUUAUACAAACCAGAAAUAAAAAGUAGCAUGUUCAUUGUUCAGCUUUAAGUUAUGAUAAAUCUGUUGUAAUGAACGUACUACAUUAUGACUUUUUUGUUUUUAUUUGGUUUUAGUAGUUAAAUUAUAGCAGGGAAACCCAAACCAUGUCCGUGGUUGUAUGUACAUGUAUAAUUUGGUCCGAAUGCGAUAUAGAUGUACAUGUAUUGUGAAAAGGUAAAUAUUGCAUGAACUUGCAUGAAUGAAUUGUGUCUAUUGUGUAAACAAUUUAGGGUCUAUUGUUCAGAAUUUUGUGGGAGUUAUCAACGUUGUUAGCGACAUCAUUUGAAUGCCAAAUAGUGUAUGCAAUCUGAACACUUGGCUGAUCUCCGCUGAGUCUUCGAUGUAUGCUGGUGCAUUUGUUAAAGUAGUUAGUAAAAUUAAAAUGACGGCGACGCCAACAAAGUUGGUGUCUGCAUGUAUUUUAUGUUUUGUGUAAGACAGCCCCCCCCCCCAAACAAACUGGCAUUCUCAGAGUCAAGUGUAUUCUCUAAUUGAUGUCUUGGUUUCGAUUUGAAAUUACUACGCGAUCUACUUGCAGCGUAGAUAAAUGUAAAGAAUUCUGACAUUGUUAACUGUCCAUAUUCAUCUGAGGUUGUUUCGAAGAAAAAUUGGCCAAGGUACUCCGAUUGAUAGUGUAUGGAGUGCUGGUAUAUUUAAAAAUAAACAGCAGCUGACAAAGUUGUCUCUAAAAUAAAGACGUACUGCUGAUCACAAACCUCAUGAGUAGUAAAAGUUUGAAAGUUAACAACCAUGAUGUUAACAAAAUUGUUAACUUAACAAAGUGCUGAACAAUUGUCCAAUGGGUUUAAAUGCCUUCCAUAAAACCAUACAUUCACCUUUAUGUCAUAUAUUGUGAUACUCAAUACAAUCAUGUUUAUGAUAAUAUUAUCAGUUUUAAAUGAUUCAGAAAUUAGGAUUGUGAAUUGAGUUGUAUACGUUAUAUCUAAUCAAGUUAUUACUGAACUAUUUAAUACAUGAAAUUAAACUUUACUUGAUUUUUGUUAGAUAAUUAAUGUUAUUGUUUUAAUAAAUGAAAUGGCUUUUCACUAAGGUAAUUGUUUUCAGUAUAUGCUUUUCCCGUGUUUUAUUGAUUCAUUAGUGAAAUAUAAAUGAUAUUUAUAACUGUUUGAAAUAGUAAAUGUAUCAAUUUGAUAUAUUUUUCAUUUUUCUUAAAACCAGCGUCAGCACU